CUCCUUUUUCUUCUCACGCAGCACCGACCGAUUUUUAGCAAUCCGCCCACUGACGCGCACGUCUCUAGCUUCGUAUACGCGGCCAAAACCACCAGCAGCCCCAUCACAACACAGCUACCCACUUCUGACAGGGAUAUAUUACGCGAAAGCGGGAUUGUCAGGAGAGGCGUGUUGUUCUGGCCUGGUUCGCGAUCGCGUUGGAUCGCCCCCGUUCAGGAUCGGACCAGCUACAAGUCUCCUUUGGGAAAAAAAGAAACGAAAAACCAACACGGGCCAUACAUUGGUGCACACUGACACCUAAGGGAUUCAGCACCCUUGAGACUAUGAAAUUUGUCAGACUUUGCCAUUACUGAGUUUAUCACCGUAGAGGUGGAGGGGGUGAAAAACUGUACCUCCCAGCUACUCUCUUCCAAUGUCCCAGAGACGCUAUGACUGCUGUCGGGGCACCAAACUGCUGAGUGUGGGCUCAACUCCCCUCCCCAGCCCCUGAAACGGCCCCCCUACUCUCUCUCACCCAGACAUGAAGGAGGUGAGGUUGUGGACAGCCAGUGACGUCUCCGAUUGGCUGACAGAUGAGGGCAUGCAGGAGUACACGGAUGCGUUGCGGAACAAGGACGGCCCUGCCCUCUUGCAACUCUCUGAGGAAGACUUUAACGCCUCGCCUUUGUCCCUGGUCACCGGGGACAGUGGUCGACAACUUUUGGAGCGCAUAGAGACGCUGCGCUUCACCAGCCACAUGAAGGCACACAAGAGCAACAACCAUGAAAACAGUCACCACGCCAACGGACACGUCAGCGGCGCCCUUGCCAACGGCAGUGUUAGCAACGGCAAGAUCCUCAACGGCUUUUCAAAGAACAGCUUGCACUCUGAUGCAGUUCGUAUCUUGAUUCCGUCUCUGUCUGAGCAGGAGCGAACGCCGUAUCCCACGGAGUGGUUCAAAACAGGUGUGGCCUUCCUGUACGCUCUGUGUUGCUUCCUCACAACAACAGUUGUGAUCUCAGUGGUGCACGAACGCGUCCCACCUAAGGAGGAGUCCCCGCCCCUGCCAGAUAAAUUCUUUGAUCUGUUUGAUCGCGUGGAGUGGGCGUUUUCCAUCUGUGAGAUCAAUGGCAUGCUGCUCGUGGGACUGUGGUUUGCACAGUGGCUUCUGCUUAAACACAGGGCCAUAAUCGGUCGCCGGUUCUUUUUUAUCGUGGGAACUCUGUAUCUGUACAGAUGCGUGACCAUGUACGUUACAACAUUACCUGUGCCAGGCAUGCACUUCAAGUGUUCCCCCAAGCUCUUUGGUGACUGGGAGGCCCAGUCACGGCGGGUAAUGAAAAUGAUGGCAGGUGGUGGCCUGUCAAUCACUGGCUCUCACUCAUUGUGUGGAGAUUACCUGUACAGUGGGCACACAGUAAUGCUGACACUAACAUACCUCUUCAUUAAAGAGUAUUCUCCACGGAGGUUCUGGUUGUACCACUGGCUCUGCUGGUGCCUGAGUGCUGUCGGUAUCUUCUGCAUCCUGUUGGCUCAUGACCACUACACCAUCGACGUGGUGGUGGCCUACUUCAUGACCACACGCCUCUUCUGGUGGUACCAUACAAUGGCCAAUCAGCAGGCUCUAAAGGAAAAUUCCACUGGAAACCUGUUCUCUCGUGUGUGGUGGUUCGGCCCAUUCCAGUACUUUGAGAGUAACGUCCGUGGUAUUGUGCCUCGAAACUACCAGCUACCAUUCUUGUUGCGGACAAUGACGAGCACCCGGGUUAAGUACAGUAAGCUGGACUCCCGUGAGUCGUGACCCGUGACUCCUGAUUGGCUGGAGCUCUGUGAGACUCUAAAAGAGAAAUUGCUCUUCCCAUCAAGCCCUGCAAAACUGGUUGAGCACUGUGACGCAUAUACACCAAUCAUUUUGUAGUAUUUGAAGCAUUUCAAUGUCCCUAGCAGGUU